AUGGAUCAUGCUAAGCGCCAAAGACUUGGCUUGAAUGGUCUUUUACCUGCUGGUGUUGAGACAUUGGAAAUCCAAAAAGCUCGUGCUCUGCGAGUGCUUCGCUCAAAGCACAAUUUAUUAGAAAAGUACAUUUUAAUGGCCCAACUUCGUACUACCAACGUUCGUUUAUUCUAUAAGAUUGUCAUUGAUGAAUUAGAGGAAUUGGCCCCUGUGAUCUAUACCCCGACUGUUGGCACCGCAUGCUUGGAAUACUCAACCAUCUAUCCCUUCUUGGCUGCUCCUGGUGUAUCGGAUGGUCUUUAUCUCACUAAAGCCGAAUUGCCGGAACUGUGUCAAACUAUUCGCAACUAUCGUCCUACAGACACCGAGGGUUUCGAGCCAGAGAUUGCUGUGAUUUCUGAUGGUUCUCGCAUUCUAGGUCUCGGUGAUUUGGGAACAAACGGUAUUGGUAUCCCCAUUGGUAAACUCCAACUCUAUGUUGCUGGUGCUGGUAUCGACCCUCGUCGCACAUUACCCAUCAUUCUGGAUUUGGGUACAAAUAAUGAAAAGUUGCUCAAUGAUGAGUUUUAUAUCGGUCUUCGUCAAAAGCGACCCAAUGAUGAAGAGUUUUAUCAAACAGUGGACACAGUCUUAACAGCACUCCACACUGUUUAUCCCAACCUCCUUAUUCAAUUUGAAGAUUGGUCCUCUGAACACGCAUUUGGCCUCUUGGACAAGUACCAAAAUCAAAUGCUCUGCUUCAAUGACGACAUCCAAGGCACAGGGGCUGUCAUUUUGUCUGGUGUCAUUAACGCCAUUCGCAAGGUGGAGAAAGAGAACCAGGUGUCUCCUCGUGAUCACCGUAUUGUGUUCUAUGGUGCUGGUUCUGCUGCUAUUGGCGUUGCUCGUCAAAUUCAAAGCUACUUUCAAAUUGAGCACAACAUGACUGAAGAGGAAGCUAAGCGUGUCUUUUGGAUUGUGGAUUCCAAGGGCCUUGUCACUACUACACGAGGCGAUAAAUUAGCUCAACACAAGGUGUAUUACGCACGGGAUGACAAUGAAGGUCAACAGUACAAGGAAUUAAUCGAUAUUGUCAACUAUGUUAAGCCCACAGCUUUGAUCGGUUUGUCAUCCACGACCGGCGCUUUCAACGCUCAAGUUUUGGAGCGUCUUGCCUCACUCAACGAACAACCAAUUGUAUUCCCUCUCUCCAAUCCAGCCACACAGGCAGAAUGCACAUUUGAGCAAGCCAUGGAAGCCACCAACAACAAGGUCAUUUUUGCAUCUGGCACCGCUUUCCCUGCAUAUACCAUCAAAUCCACUGGCGAGAUCAAAUAUCCUGGUCAAGGCAACAACAUGUACAUCUUCCCUGGUUUAGGCCUUGGUGCUGUCCUGGCUAAACCCAAGCAUAUCUCUGACCGUAUGAUCUACGAAGCAUCCAAAGCAUUAGCUGACUCGCUUACUGAAGAAGAAAUCAGCAAGGGCUGGCUCUAUCCAUCUUUGAAGCGUAUUCGCAGCGUAUCAGCUAUCGUUGCAGCAGCUGUUUGUCAAGAGACGUUGAAUGAGAAUCUAGCCACAUCGCAAGCUAUGAUGCAGUGCAAAUCACAUGAGGACAUUUUAGAUUAUGUAAAAGCUCAUAUGUGGUCUCCCAGCUAUGGAAGUAAUAAUCAACAAGCUGGUAAAUUGUAG